AUGACAGACUCGAAUUAUGAAAGCAGCAAGAAGAAUUUCUCUGAGGAGGAAAUAGAUGAUGAGGAAAGUGUGAUUUUGACAUUGGUUCCAUUUGACGAAUCAAAUAUAGAACAACAAUUGGAGUCAACUGUUUCUUCAACUUCUGACGUCAAACCGAACAAGCCUGGGAAACACUGUGAAGGUCAUCUACCUCCAACAAAUGAACAACUCAAAGCUCCCCCAAAAGCUAGACGUAAAGCGCCAAUUCUUCCUUUGCCAACCAUUUUGCCUCCCAUUAAUAAUGUGUGUCGAGACACUUUGCGGAACUGGUGCCAACAACUCAAUUUGAGUACUGAUGGCAAGAAAAUAGAAGUUUUUCAGAGGCUUCAACAGCAUGCUUAUCCUGAACAGAAAUAUGUGAGUAUUAGAGAAAGGUGGAUCUACUUUGCGAACAUGAAACCUAAUAUGAAGGAAUGGAAAAGAGAUCAUGUGAAGGAAUCUUUGAUCUACAAACCAGAAUCAGUGAUUAGGACUCCAGUGAAGAUGGUUGACUGGGUCACAGCCUCAUCAAAAGAGACUCUUUGGGGCCUGCAAAGCCUCUAA